AUGGGUUCCAAAAGAAAGCACGAAUCUGGCGAUGUGGAGGUGAAGAAGCCCAAGCACGACAAUGAGGUGAAGGGAAAGGAGAAGAAGGAAAAGAAGGAGAAGAAAGAAAAGAAAGAAAAGAAAGAAAAGAAAGAAAAGAAAGAAAAGAAAGAAAAGAAAGAAAAGAAGGAGAAGAACGAGAAGAAGGAGAAGAAGGAGAAGAAGGCGAAGAAGGAAAAGACUGAAGAGACUGAAGAGACUGACUCUACCGUUUCUACCGUGUCGUCCUCUUCUUCAGGAUAUACCCAGGCCGCGGAAUUGACUGCGCUUCCUCAGAGCGAAAUCGAUGAGUUUCUCCAGACCAACGAGGUUACCGUUGAAGAUCCUCACAAACUUGGGUUUAGACCAAUUCUUUCGUUCGACCAUGUCCAGCUCCAGCUGAAGAUAGCACCUAUAGUGACGAAGUUUCCCAAACCAACUCCUAUUCAAUCUGCUUCUUGGCCGUAUCUUCUCAAUGGUGAUGAUGUAGUCGGAGUUGCCGAGACCGGGUCGGGAAAAACCUUUGCAUUUGGAGUGCCUGCCAUCAACAACAUCAUCACCGACAACAAGAAGGGCCUUCGGGUUUUAUGUAUCUCUCCUACCCGUGAACUUGCGCUUCAAAUUUACGACAACUUGACCAUGCUCACCAAGAACUGUGGACUCACUUGUGUGGCUAUCUAUGGAGGAGUGCCCAAAGACCAGCAGAUCAAGGCGGUGAAGACUGCCAGUGUUGUAGUUGCAACACCCGGAAGAUUGGUGGAUCUUCUCAACGACGGGGCGGUGGAUUUGAGCACAAUUGACUAUCUUGUACUUGAUGAAGCCGACAGAAUGUUGGAAAAGGGUUUUGAAGAAGAUAUCAAAAACAUCAUUGGAUGCACCAACAAGCAAAGACAGACACUCAUGUUCACAGCCACCUGGCCCAAAGAAGUUCGUGAGCUCGCGGCAACAUUCAUGAACAAAGCCGUCAAGGUGUCGAUUGGAAACCGGGACGAAUUGGCUGCAAAUAAGCGGAUUACCCAGACAGUGGAGGUGAUGGAUCCUCGUGAUAAAGAGCGCCGAUUGCUCCAGUUGUUGAGGCAAUAUGGCUCGGACCAAAAAAUCUUGGUUUUUGCCUUGUACAAAAAAGAAGCCACCAGAGUGGAAGCCAUGUUGCGUCGUUCCGGGUUCAAUGUUGCAGCCAUCCACGGCGACUUGCUGCAGCAGCAAAGAACUUCUGCACUUGAUUCGUUCAAGCGUGGCGACUCGAAUCUUCUCUUGGCCACCGACGUUGCUGCCAGAGGCUUGGAUAUUCCCAAUGUCAAAGUGGUGAUAAAUUUGACUUUCCCACUUACCGUGGAGGACUAUGUGCAUCGUAUCGGCCGUACUGGGCGCGCGGGCCAGACAGGUAUUGCACACACCCUUUUCACCGAGCACGAAAAACACUUGAGUGGAGCAUUGAUGAAUGUUUUGCGAGGAGCAGGUCAGCCAGUGCCCGAUGAGUUGCUCAAGUUUGGCGGUCACACCAAGAAAAAAAGCCAUCUGGCUUACGGUGCAUUCUUCAAAGACGUCGACAUGACCAAGACGGCGAAGAAGAUCAAGUUUGAGUAG